UUCUUGGGUAUCUAUGAAGUAUAAAUUCACUGUUAGUUCCGAGAUUAACGAAUAACGACAAUAUGGGUGGCAGGAUACUAGUUGCAGUGUUUCUUGUGUUAUGCGGCGCGUGGCAAGUGCAGGCGGCAGUGGCCAACUGUACAGGGGCAGGCCGCUUCGCCGACUCCAGCGACCCCACCUGCCGGAACUACACCCUCUGCGUUUACAACAGCCUCAACGGCCGCUACCUCACCUACUACAACCGCUGCCCGACCACCUCUGUAUUCAAUCCCAAUACGCAAAGGUGCACUACCAACUACGUAUGCAACAAUACUUCGACCAACAAGCCUGCUUGUGUAGACGAGGGAUUCUUCGAAGAUGAGAACUCGACAGAGUGUACAACUUUCAUUGCUUGCGUAGCGCUUGGCGGGAGCUUCAUAGAAACAAAAUACACUUGUGCGACAGGGUCGUACUUUGACCCGAUUUUGGGGGAUUGCUCGUUCAAUUACCUGUGUCCUACCGUGUGUACCACAGUGGGAAGGUUCGCUAACACGGUCGACAAAACGUGUGCAACUUUUUACAAUUGUGUUGCUUCGCCCGGUGGUGGCUUCGUGCUGGCGCAAUAUACGUGCCCCGCACCAUCUUUGUUUAAUCCUAAAACUAAGCUAUGUUCGACUAGGUACAAAUGUACAUAAUUAAGAAAGAAUACACCAAAGGAAUACUCUUUGAGACAUAAGUCCUAAGAAACUUAAUGGUUAUGCCAGGACCCACGACCGUAUUGGAUGGUAACCCAACCGCUAAGGUUGCUACUACGUACUAGCUCAGCUCUAGCUCACAUAAUUUUGUUUUACAAUCAUAAUAAUUUAGAUGCCCAUCGAUUUAGAAAUAAAUUUCAUCCAUUUGGAGCGAUCUAAUAAUAGGUA